AUGGCGGCUACUGAAAAUCCCGUGCUCGAUGUAGAGAGGCACAUAAAGUACUGGAAACGCUGUCACGGUAGCUUUCUGCCCGCCCCAUACACCAGCAACGACUCGAUCCGCCUCACGCUCGCGUGCUUUAUCGUCUCGUCACUGGACCUGCUGCGGUCGCCGCUCACGUCGCAGGAACGCGCAGCAAUCAGGGCGUGGGUACUCAGCCUGCAGCACCACGACGGAGGCUUCUGCGGCAGCGCGACACACGCCCCGUCGGGUGACUCGACCGGCGACGCCAACCUCGCCGCCACCUUCUUUGCCCUCGUGCUCCUCGCGCUGACAGCCGUUGGCACGGGAUCUGAACAAGAUGAGAGUAACGCGUUUGCAGGCGUCAGGAGAAAACGGCUCCUGCUUUGGCUGAAGCGGCUGCAGAGGGAAGAGGAUGGAGCCGUGGCGCAGAUGCUCUGGGAUGGUCAGCCGGUGGGCGGGCAUGAUGUCCGGAACAGCUAUAUGGCAACGGGGAUUCGCUGGAUGCUGAGAGGUGAUCUGGAAAAGGGAGACGAGUGUUGGGUGGAAGAUCUAGACCUGGAAAGACUGGUCGAGUUCAUCUCCAAGACCCAAACGCAUGACGGGGGAGGCUAUACAUUCUGCGCACUGGCCGCGCUGGGCCUGCUAUCGCGACCCUCCAAGGCGGGCCAGAGAACUGAAGCAGCAGACAAGCACAUACCGGAUACUGCACAGCUUCUCAAGUUUCUGGCGCAUCGGCAAUUUGUAUACCACGCGGAGGAUGAAAUGGACCAGGACGAAGACGAGGAAAACUACGUCGAAAAGGAGCUUGCGCAGCUCCAGCUGGACCAGCCGCCUGCCUUGGUUGGCUGCAACGGCCGCUGGAACAAGAAGGCAGACACCUGCUACUUUUGGUGGGCCGGAGGUGCUUUAUCGCUCCUUGGUCAAGAGUCGAUGCUGCACCAAGAGGCGGCCUGCAGUUACUUAACAAGCAUCACGCAGCACCGUAUUGGAGGUUUCGGAAAGACGACGGGUGCACCACCUGAUAUUUACCACUCGUAUCUAGGUCUCGCGGCCAUGGCGGUCCUGGGUGAACCUAACCUCAAGGAACUGGAUGCCGAGCUCUGUUGUAGCGUGGAAGUGGCAGCUUGUAUUGCCAAAGCUCGCGACGGGCUGUUGGCAGCGGAAAAGGCGAGCGUCGCAUCGAGAUGGGAAAAUGACGGAUUCUGGUCACCCAAGAACGACCAAUAA